AUGAAGAAGAAGACUCCAAAUUCCUCCUGCCGCUGGUCGGAGCUCCCGAUGGACAUGUUGAGACAAGUGUUGGAACGUUUGACUGUUUUGGAUUUCUACCGCGCUAAGAUCGUCUGUUCGAGUUGGUAUUCGUGCUCGAAACAAGCGGUGAGGCCAAAAUGCGGAUCUCCGUUGCUGAUGCUGUCUCUAGAAGAGGGUGGUUGCGUGCUGUACAAUCCAGACGAAGAUAGGGUUUACGAGACCACGACGCGUGACUUUUCAGGGUAUCGAUUCCUGGCAAACUCGGGUAAGUGGUUCCUGGCCGUAGACUCUCGAUCGAAGCUCGUUAUUGUAGAUGUGUUUAGCGAGGAGAGGAUCGGACUCCCUCCUCUGGAGUCACUCAAGGGUGAGCGUUUUAAGGUUGAGGUAGCAGGAGAUAAGAAAUUCAAUGUUAGUUUAAUCGAAUACUGUCUUCUAGGAUUGUUCAAGAUGUGGAAGAUCUGA